AUGGCCUUCUCUACUCGAAGCGUACUCCGCGCCUCUCGCGCCGCCAACUUCUCCGCCGCCUCCCGCGCUGCUGCCCCCAGCAACGCCGUCCGCUUCUUCUCUGCCACUCGCGGCGUCCGCGUCUCUGACACCGCCAACAAGAAGAGCGUUGUCCGCGAGAAGGAGGUCCCCGUCACCAACUACGGUGCCGGCCAGGGCGACAAGUCCACCCUGCAGGUCCCCGAGGGCGCCUCCAAGGUCCCCUACGACAGCCCCGCCCCCGCUGAGCGCGAUGAGGUUGAGCCCCUGAGCAAGAAGGUCUACGACCAGAUGCCUCACACCCUUAAGACCAUGACCGUCCAGGGCAAGGUCAUCAUUGUCACCGGUGGUGCUCGCGGCCUGGGCAACCACAUGGCCCGCGCCUGUGCUGAGGCCGGUGCCAAGGCCAUCGUCAUCUUCGAUGCCAACCAGGAGCUGGGCGACGCCUCCGCCGCUGAGCUGCACCAGAAGUCUGGUCUGCCCGUUUCCUUCUUCAAGGUCGACGUCCGUGACGGCGCUGCCAUCAACGCCGCCGUCGACUCCGUUGUCGAGCUCUACGGCGCCCCUGAUGUUCUCGUCAACGCUGCCGGUAUUGCCGACUCCAACAUCAAGGCUGAGACCUACGACCCUGCCAUGUUCCGUCGUCUGAUCGACAUCAACCUCACUGGUUCCUUCCUGAUGGCCCAGUCCGUUGGCCGCGCCAUGAUGGCCGCUGGCAAGCCCGGCAGCCUGAUCAUGGUCGCCUCCAUGUCCGGCACCAUUGUCAACUACCCCCAGGAGCAGAGCUGCUACAACGCCUCCAAGGCCGGUGUCAUCCAGUUCGCCAAGUCCAUCGCCGCCGAGUGGGCCAAGUACAAGAUCCGUGUCAACUGCAUCUCCCCCGGCUACAUGGACACUGCCCUCAACCGUGUCCCCGCCCUCGAGGCCCAGAAGAAGAUCUGGAAGUCCCUGACUCCUCAGGAGCGCUUGGGUGCUGUUGACGAGCUCAACGGCCUCUGCGUCUUCCUCGCCUCCGACUCCUCCAGCUUCAUGACCGGCUCCAACGUCAUCAUUGACGGUGGCUACUCUUGCUACUAAAGGGCGGGCGAGAAGAGCCUCGACCAACAUUUUCCACAUCACACAUUAAUAUCUAUCACGGAAGCGAUACCGCCCGCAGCAUGGGACGCUCGGGCAUGGAUGAUACCAGCAGUCGAUUUUUGAGGCAGGGACAAAAAUGGGAGGCUUUGGUUGGCCUCGGCCAUUGACGUUUUUCGAUCAAACUACACGAUCUGGGGUGUUCUUUUCUUUUGCUUUCAUUGCGGACCAAAAAAAUGCAUUGCACUCUUCUGCCUUUUGUUUUUCACGCUUGGAGUUCAUUCGGGUUGUUUUUUUUGCUGUCUGCGAUUGGGGUCAGACACGCAUAGAGGAAAUAGACGUCGCGAGUUCAUUGACGAGAAAGACUAGAGAGACUUAGAGAGAUGAAAACCAUUGCUUUUGCC